AGCAAGUAUGUAAAACUCUCACAUGAAUUUGACACAAGAGUUCUCAAAAGCAAAACUGCACAAAAUCGGAGACACCCAACCCAAACUAGGUCAUUUCUCAUCUGUUGGCACAGCAGGUGUUAUUCUGAUGUUUAAUUUCAAUGUCUCCUUUGAUUUAGUUCUGAAGAGCUUUGACAGAAUUAGAGAGCGCAAUGGGAAAUACGGUGAAAACGCUGAGAGCCUCCGAAGAAACAAGUGUGCCGAGCCAAACGGGUCAGGAGAGUGAUUUCCUUGCUGUCCUCUAUGACUAUCCCUCAGCAGACAUAAGCCAACCUAUAUUUCAUGUAGGGGAAAAACUGCGUGUGUUAUCAGAUGAAGGAGGCUGGUGGAGAGUCCACUCCCUCACAACAGGUCGAGAAAAUUAUAUUCCAGGAAAAUACGUAGCAAAGGUUUACCAUGGCUGGUUAUUUGAAGGGCUGGGAAGAGAAAAAGCAGAGGAACUUCUACAGCUACCCAACACCAAGGUCGGCUCCUUCAUGAUUAGAGAGAGUGAAACUAGGAAAGGGUUAUAUUCCUUGUCAGUGCGGCACAGGCAAGUGAAACAUUACCGGAUCUUCCGCCUUCCAAAUAACUGGUACUACAUCUCUCCACGGCAAACCUUUCAGUGCCUUGAAGACCUUGUGAACCACUACUCAGAAGUUGCUGAUGGUCUCUGCUGUGUCCUUACAACACCUUGUCUUACCCAGUGCACUAACAACAACAGCGUAACAAAUCAAGUUCCUCCUGUGGUGAUGCGGAAUAAAAACUUCAACUGGAGAAGUAUUCAGAGGCUGGAGGUGACUGAAGAUACUGAAAGCACCCUGGCAGCAAUGGAUGAUUCUUGUCUCAGCUAUGGCCUGAGGGAAAGUAUUGCUUCCUACCUGUCCUUAACAGGGGAUGACAACGCUUCUUUUGCAAGCGCCAGAAAGAAAAAAGCCCAAUCUCUUAUAUACACAGGGAGCAAACGUAAGAGUACCUUUCACUUGCCAGCUACAUACUAUGAAGACUAA